AGUUUGGGGGUUUGAAAGUUCCUUCCUGUGAAAAGAUUUGCCAUAGCAGACGCCAGACACUCCGUCAGACAGACACACUUGCCCAACAUGAAGUUCUCCUUGCCCAUUGUUCUUGCUGCCUUUGCCCUGCAGUCCACCGCCCUCUUGGUGCCCAUGGACGCUCUUUCCUCCAACUUGGGCGCUGGUCUUGCACCCGGAGCGGCCGAGAUCCUUCCUCUCGAGGUUCGGGCAGGCAAGAGCAACUCCAGGGCCAACGGCAAGGGCAAGCAAAAGCACAAGCACGCCCACGGAGUGCGGCCCGACUUCCGCAAGCAGUGCAAGAGCUUGCCCUCGAACUGCCCGCCUUUCCUGAACAAGAAGGCCGUGAGUGCUUCCCCAACUUUGAUUACUCAUUCCUGGACCAGAUGUGCGAAUGCAAGGCCGCCGCAACGGUCGCUUCCUACUUGGAAUCCGAGAGAGGAUGUCCAAAGCCGUCUCCAAAGGUACGUACUUGAGCCUCACGACAAUCAUCCUGGGGUCUGGCCCAAUGUUGGAUCUCGAGUGAAACUAAACUAACCAUGAUGGGUUAGGCGUGCUGAUUUUGAGUGCGAUGUAACUCGGUUUUUUGACGAAGUGACGGAAUGUCGAUAUGAGAUAAUGCAGCGUCUGGGUUGAUGGGAUUACUUGGUUUUGUACCACAGGGGGGGCCUCUUUAUUAUGCCGUAAAGUGAAAAGAAAGUUGGAGUUCGGUUUGGACACAGAUUGAGAGAUACUUUGACGCAGCAAAAUAAAGAAAUGCAAAAAGCCAUGUCCAUUAUGAAUGGAAAAAGAUGGCUUGCGAUCUCUUGUCAUCGGAUAGCUGCAGUGAGCCCUGUAUCAGCGAGG